AUAAGAUGUUGCCAUACAUAAACCUGAUCUGAAUUCGUUCACCGUGUGGUGAACUCUUCAAAUUCAUCAAGUUUCUAGUCAAGAAUAAAAACUCGGUUUCCACCGAUAAUUUUGAUCACUCACGGCAGAACUUUGACUUGUUCUAAAUUCUACCAUAAAAAUCAAUGUUUAGAUAAGGUCCGUUUGACCGGAGGACUAUACAAUAUACGAAGGCGGCUGGAACUACCAGUAAGUCUAGACAGAAAGAACCCAGAAGGUAGAAGCUCCUUCAUCAAAAUCCAUCUCUAUAGCUGCCUACAAAUAUCCCAAAGCAAUGAAACAAUGAAGCAAAAGCAGUCAAUCCCCACAUACCCCUAACCCAAAGGAGUCUCAAAAAGCAAACAAGCUUUUCCACUUUUUCCCAUCUUCUACAAGCCCAUCAAACUAUAAUCUCCCUCUUCAAUCUCCAUCCAAAAGAGAAGACUCAAGAAGAGCAGACAGAUCAGUUACAACAUGUCCAUCCAAUGCCAAGGUUGCGAAAGGAUGCUGGAGUUGCCUCAACCUAAUACAUCUUCUUCCUCCUCAACUAGCAACUACGCAUAUCCCUAUAUUAUUAGCUCACCUUCUGAUGCAGUUGACGCACCAAAAGCAAAGGCCAUGGCAAUGAACAUGAAGGAAACCAUUAUGUCAACCAUAGCAGAUUCUGAAUUGGGGGAAGACCAUAUACCUGUUGCUCAGCCUUGGCCGGAAUCUAAGUCUACCUCCUCACCCUCAGCAAGAAAAGAAAAAGAAGAAGACGGCGACGGCAACGGCAACGACGACGGCAACGGCAACGGCAACGGCAACGGCAACGGCAACGGCAACGGCGACCACGACCACGAAGACAUAGAUGCGCAACUGAAAGUAGUAUUGGAGUCUUUGCGGGAUCUGUACAAGGAGAGCGAGAUUUUAUUUAAGAAGGUAUUUUUCAAGAAUCAACAUGAUCAUUUGUUAAAGAACCAGAAAAGCGAGGGCCAAGCGGAUCCCAAAAGAAGAGCUUCUCUGGAGUUGGGCAAAAAGAGAAUCUCCAGAAUCUUAAAGGAGACCAAACGGAAUCAGACCAAGGCUGGGAUGUUGCAGAGGAGCUUGAGCGUAGAUUCACCUCGGACCCCUCUUGGGCGCUUCAAAGUCAAGACUCUCGAUCUAGGAGGAGGAGGAGGUGGUGGUGGUGGGGUCCAUGUGAUAUAAAGAGAUCAACAAAAGAUGGCUAGACCUCAAAAAAAAAAAUCAAGUUUUUUUUUUUUUUCUUGGUAGAACCAAAUUAAUCAAGUUACUACCGUGACGCAAUAGUUUAUACGCAACAUAAGACUGUGUAUACAUGCAUGAUUCAUUCCAGGAUUUUAUAUAAUUCAUUCAUUCAGUAAUGAGAUGUUUUAAAGCCUCAUAAGGCAGCUUGGCAAAUGAUUGUCCUAGCUCUGAUGAAAGACUAGAAAUUUUAUCCUUGUUGAUGCUUC